AUGACCCGAGACUAUUUGAAUUAAGAAAAUUAGGAUGAAUAAGAUUACUGCCAUUUAAUCAAGUCUAUCCAGAAAUAAGUUUAAGUGAAGGAUUUACACCUUUAGUCAUUUUAAGCCCUUUGUUUAAAUUUUUAGAACCAAGAUUUUAUGAAAAACUCUACUUAUAUGAUGCAACAUUAAAACUUUCAACUAGAUUAAUUAAUGAUUAGAAACCUAACUUAAUAUUUCCUUAUUACUAGAUAGAAUCAAAAGAAAAAAGGAAACUUCAUAAAUUUUUAUUAUAUAAUACUAUUGACAUAUGGUAUAUAAAAUCCUCAAAACAAUAAAAAUUUUUCAGCAAAAAGAAGUUUAAUUACUAGAAUCCUUGCAUAGGAUGCCUUUAAUUAACCCAUAUAAUAAAAAGAAAACGUUUCCCUAUCAAAUCAGUUAUCAAAUUAUCUAACAAAUGGAAUCAUAUUGUUAACAAGAAAAAAAGUGAUAUAAUUUCAAUCAAAUUAACAAUUCCAAUAUAAUAUUCUAAUAAUAUGCCAAUUCUUUUUAAUUAUAGAUAUUUAGGAAUUGAUAUAAAUCAUAACCGUAGUAUUAGUUCUCAUUUAAAUAAAUAAACCUAAAACUAAAUUUUAUCAAUUUAGCCCUUAUUAUUAUAUCUGCCAAACUGAAUUAUACAUAGUACUAUUUCAGAUUUAUAUCAAACCCCACUUUAGAGAUUGUGUCAUUGUAGCCUUCUUCAAAAAUAAAUUGCUCAAUAAAUUAAACAAUUAAGAUAAAAAAAAAAUAUAUAAAUAAUAAUCAAGAUUGCCCAAAAGCACUUCAGAUGAGUUUGUAAAUGUGUUUUGUCAACACUUUUAUCAUAUCAUAUCACAAAUUAAGAGCGCAAUAGAUAAAUUAAAAUCAGAGAAUGAAUAGAAAUUAUUUAUUCAAUAACGAAUUACUAAUGAACCUGAUAAUGACCUUUUGAAAAGAUCUUAUGAACUUCAGUAAAAAUUAAUCUAUUAAUGA